AUGAGCGGCCUUGCUGACGACUUGCUGAACGACCUCGAGGGUCUCUCGGACGAUGAGCAGCAUGAGGAGGAGCAAGAAAUGCAGACAGAGGAAGCUUCUGGCUCGUCGAAGGACCUCAAGCGCAAGGCAGACGACGCAGGCCUCGAUGCAGACAUGUCGGACGAAGAAGGCGGGGAAGGACAGGAAGAGAGUCAGGAGGACCCUGGGUUUGUCCCCACCGGAGGAGUGCGACCCGCGGAGGAGUUCGACGCGGAGGACGUGCAGGCGAUGGAGUUGCUGGGUGUGGCGGACGUUACUAAGAUCGCGAAGUUGGAGGGGAGCAAGCGGAUGAAUGAUAUUCUCAAGGAUAUCGAGAAGUACCAGGAGAACCCGAGUACGAUGCAGCAGAUGUCCCUUCCUGCGCACCUUAAUCCGGAGUACAAUGUCAUUGUCCAGGCGAACAACUUGUCCGUAGAGGUCGACAAUGAUAUCAUGUUGGUGCACAAGUUCAUUCGCGAUCACUAUGCGCCCAAGUUUCCCGAGCUCGAGCAGCUUGUCACAGAUCCUGUAAUGUAUAUCAAAUCCGUUAGGACUCUAGGGAAUCAUGAGGAUCUGACCGCGGUCGAUCUGCAAGGCGUUCUUCCCCCUGCCGUCAUCAUGUCCGUGUCAAUGACUGCGACGACUUCCGCUGGUCGUCAACUCAGCGACUCGGAAUGGCAAGCUGUGCAGCGCGCUUGCGACCUCGCAGACCGGUUGGAGGAGUCAAGGAAGAAGAUCUUCUCGUAUGUCAGCUCAAGAAUGAAUGUGCUUGCGCCGAACCUAUCAGCCAUUGUGGGCACUACUACAGCCGCAAAGUUGCUCGGUGUGGCAGGAGGUCUUAGCGCGCUUGCGAAGAUGCCGGCGUGCAAUGUUUUCCUCUUGGGCGCACAGCGCAAGAUUGCCGCAGGCUUCUCGACAGCGACUCAGCGUCGUCACUCCGGCUUCGUCUACCAAUCUGAGGUCGUCCAGCACACACCACCAGAGUAUCAGGCGAAGGUGCAGAGGACCGUCGGUGCAAAGUGUGUGCUUGCUGCGCGCAUGGAUCUCGAGAGGAAGCUGCGUGACGGUUCCUACGGCGAACAACUUCGCGAGAAGAUCGAGAAGCGUAUUGACCAGCUCGCCGCACCACCACCUGCGAAGGUGACGAAGGCCUUGCCUAUACCGAACGACGGGCCCAAGAAGCGGCGAGGCGGCCGACGUGCACGCAAAGCCAAGGAAGCCUACGCCCAAACCGAGCUGCGCAAACUCCAGAACCGGAUGGCGUUUGGCGAGGCCGAGGAGGAAGUCGGCGCCUUCGACCAGACGAAGGGUCUUGGUAUGAUCGGCGUGGGCACGGGCAAGGUUCGCGCGGGAAUGGGCGAGGCGAAGAGUCGAGCCAAGCUCUCCAAGGCCAACAAGCUACGUACGGCGACGCUCACCAGGGCAGCGCAACAAGCGCAGGCGGGUGGAUCUGGUGGCUCCUCGUCGUCUGGUUUUGCGACGUCGUUGAGCGUCACGCCGGCACAAGGCUUCGAGCUCACGAAUCGCGCCGCGGCUGCAGCGCGGGUCAAGGAGGCCAAUGACCGGUGGUUCGCGGCUGGCACCUUCUCGUUCGUUGGACAGAAGGGGGCAUAG